AACUAUCCACUUGUUGUGUUCUGAUUAACACUUGUCCAGCUUUAAGUUCUCUCUACCCUCUCCUUCUCUGUCUUUUGGUGAAUCUCUCCCCCUAAGCAUGGAUUUCUCUGCCAUCUCCUCAUGUAUGCAACAGGCCCACAACCAGCCAUGGUGGGUAAUUCUCAUUGGAGCUCUAGGCCUUCUCUCUCUCCUGAAAAAAUCACUCUCUCUCCUCAACUGGGUAUGGGUUACUUUUCUUAGACCUGCAAAAAACCUCAGGAAAUAUGGGUCUUGGGCUUUGAUUACGGGCCCAACUGAUGGUAUAGGCAAAGGCUUCGCCUUUCAAUUAGCUCGAAAGGGGCUCAACCUGGUUCUCGUAGGAAGAAGCCCAUCAAAGCUCAAAGAGGUAUCUGAUGGAAUUCACAGUAAAUGUGGUGAGAAAGUUCAAAUCAAGACUGUGGUUGUUGAUUUCUCUGGAAACUUGUCAGAGGGGAUGCAGAAGAUUGAGGAGGCAAUCCAUGGUUUGGAUGUUGGGGUUCUGAUAAAUAAUGUUGGGGUAUCAUACCCAUAUGCAAAGUUCUUCCAUGAAGUUGAUUCUGAGCUUUUGAAGAAUUUGAUAACCGUUAAUGUGGAGGGAACGACUAAGGUUACGCAGGUCGUUCUUCGUGGGAUGCUAGAGAGGAAGAGAGGUGCCAUUGUUAACUUGGGUUCCGGUGCGGCCAUUGUUAUACCUUCAGAUCCUCUUUACGCUGUGUAUGCUGCUACUAAAGCAUAUAUUGAUCAGUUCUCAAGAUGCCUCUUUGUUGAGUACAAAGGAAGGGGAAUUGAUGUGCAGUGUCAGGUUCCCUUGUACGUGGCCACCAAAAUGGCAUCGAUCAGGAGAUCUUCCUUCUUUGUUCCAUCUGCUGACGGCUAUGCUAGAGCUGCUCUUCGUUGGAUUGGGUAUGAACCGAGGUGUACUCCUUAUGGGCCUCACUCUGUUCUCUGGUGGCUGCUUGAUUCUUUGCCUGAGAGCGUCGUCGAUAACUGGCGCCUGGGUUUCUGCCUCAAGAUUCGUAAGAAGGGUCAGCAAAAGGAUUCAGGGAAGAAGGAAUAGAAAGCACACUGAUGGAUCCAAAUAUUUUCUUGUAAGUUGAUGGAUCCCUAGUGGCUUAAAGAGACAUCUUUGGCUCUUGUCAGGUGUUUAGCAAACUAAGUUGUAUGUAGCAUUAUUUCUUCGACUCGUAGUUUCUCUUAGCUGAUGUUUUAGUGAGAACUCAUGAAAUCUGUGGUGGGUUUGUGGAGAACCCACUUAUUUUAGUGAGAAAUUAUAUUUUUGGGAAUUUUUCGAGUUUUUCUGCUACAGUGCUCUUGCAUAGCAUUUCCUUUUUAUAUUUCAGAGCUUUCUAUUGA